UCAUUGAGUGCUACCCACACUUCACUGACUCUGCACACACACAGGGAGGACACACACUCACCACACACUUAGAAACACACACAGAGGCUCAUUUAGUUAAACCUGUGAAGAUGCUUUGUGUCAGCUCUCAUCUCGGACAGAUGGUGAAGAUGCCUUGUAGCUACAGCUCUGUGGUUGAUAAGAUCCUCAUGGUUGAUCAGAUCCUGUCAGAGUUCAGGCUGAAGAAGGAGGAGCUAAAAGAAGUCAUGAAGAGGAUGCAGCGUGAGAUGGACAGAGGACUGCGUUUAGAGACGCAUGAAGAGGCCAGUGUCAAAAUGCUUCCAACUUAUGUCUGCUCCACCCCUGAAGGAUCAGUGUGUGUUUUGACAGAGGUGGGAGAUUUCCUGGCUCUGGACCUUGGGGGGACAAACUUCCGUGUGAUGCUUGUGAAGGUGGGUGAAGAUGAGGAGAGGAGCUGGAAGGUGGAGACCAAGAACCAGAUGUACUCCAUUCCUGAAGAUGCCAUGACAGGCACUGCUGAAAUGCUAUUUGACUACAUAGCAGAGUGUAUGUCAGACUUUUUGGACAAACACCAUAUCAAGCACAAGAAGCUUCCUCUGGGUUUUACCUUCUCCUUUCCAGUACGUCAUGAGGACAUUGACAAGGGUAUCCUUCUUAACUGGACCAAAGGAUUUAAAGCUUCUGGGGCAGAAGGGAACAAUGUUGUGGGUUUACUUAGGGAUGCUAUCAAGAGACGAGGGGACUUUGAGAUGGAUGUGGUUGCCAUGGUGAAUGACACAGUAGCCACCAUGAUUUCCUGCUAUUAUGAGGAUCGCAGCUGCGAAGUCGGUAUGAUUGUUGGCACUGGUUGUAAUGCGUGUUACAUGGAGGAGAUGAGGACUGUGGAGCUGGUAGAAGGGGAGGAGGGCCGCAUGUGUGUUAACACAGAGUGGGGGGCGUUCGGAAACAAUGGGGAGCUGGAGGAGUUUCGACUGGAGUAUGACAAAGUGGUGGACGAGACCUCAAUUAACCCUGGAAAACAGCUAUAUGAGAAGCUGAUCAGCGGGAAAUACAUGGGUGAGCUGGUCAGACUUGUUCUGAUGAAGCUGGUGAAUGAAGACCUUCUGUUUAAUGGUGAAGCCUCAGAGCUGCUGAAGACACGCGGCAGCUUUGAGACGCGCUACGUCUCGCAGAUGGAGAGUGACACUGGGGACAGAAAACAAAUCUACAACAUCCUGUCCUCGCUGGGUGUUCUGCCGUCAGAGCUAGACUGUGACAUUGUGCGUCUGGUCUGUGAGAGUGUUUCCACUCGCUCUGCUCAUAUGUGCGCCGCAGGGCUUGCUGGUGUGAUCAACCUGAUGCGGGAGCGACGCAGCCAGGAAGCCCUGAAGAUUACAGUGGGAGUUGAUGGAUCUGUCUACAAGCUGCACCCAUGUUUCCGUGACAGGUUCCACAAAAUAGUCAGGGACCUCACGCCUCACUGUGAAAUCACCUUCAUCCAGUCGGAGGAGGGGAGCGGUCGUGGAGCCGCCCUUAUCUCAGCGGUGGCCUGUAAGAUGGCAGCAUGCAUGCUGACACAGUAAAGGGAGCUGUGUGCACUAAGCUGUCUCCCAGCAGAAGAGCGGUAAAGGAAGCCUGAACUCUAAUCUGAGAACAUUGAUGACACGUCAUCCACAGUUGGCAGCUUGGGCCUUUUUUAGGCUCUGAAGGAUGUGUGUCAGCAAACUGGACGGCUAGAAGAUGUACAGACAAGAAAUUAACUUGUAUUAUAUUGUAUUUGGAAAACUGUAACAAGAAAAUUGUGAAAUUUACAGAAACUUGCUGGCAGUAAUUAGCAAGCAAGUUGCUGUAGUCCAUUCUACAGUAUGCUUCCUGUAAAUGUAAUCACAGUACGUACAAUACUGAAAUUGGUAUUACAAUAAUAAUAUCAGUACUGCACCUCUAUCACAGUAGUAGGGUGCUGUAACACUGUAACAGGUGUUAAUGCAUUCAUUUUAGUACUGUAAAUAUGUAACAGUAAAAUAAUUGCAUACUGUAAAAUGAAGACAAUGUUUUUCACACACAAAAAAUAUAUAUUUAUUGUAUAACUUCAUUCAACAUUCAUUCAUCAUUUGAAUUUACAUUUAUUUUGUAUUUUGUAUUUUGUAAACAGGUUUCAUUUUGUAAAAAACAAAAUUACUUUCCUUAAGAUACAACUAUUUCCUCUUUGUUUAAGUUACCCUGAUUGUAAACUGCAUGCCCUGGAAUUAUUUUGUUCAUCUUGAAUGCAUAUUUCAAGAGUUUAAAUACAUUGUUUUAUUAUUUGAGAUGAUAUAGUUAAUUUGACUGUACUUGUAGAGACACAUAAAAAAGAAAAAUGGUAUUAAUAAAGGAGUUGUUAAUCAUAAAGAUGUGUGUAAGUCCUCUAUUGCUUCACAUCUGCUUUCUGAGACUUGCAUGUGAAGACAGUCACAUAUAUUCCAGUAAUGUUGAUUAAAUGUGAAAAAACACAAAAACAUCACAUUGUACAAAACCGUGACACAAGAUAUUUUCAAGUAAUCUUUUACAAAGAAAACUGUAAAUCCAAGCACUGGAAGCAAUUCAAAUUUUCAGUUAAAAGUGGAAAUAUAUAAAAACAUGGAAAUGAAAUACGAACCAAAAAAAGAAUUUUAAACAAUAACAUGUAUAAGACUUAAUUUAUUGUUUCUGAACUGGAAACUUCUUUCAGGGCUGGGUUGUUCAUCUCUGCCAAGGAAAGAUAAAAGGAAUUAUUUACAGAUGUAGACAUUUUUAGACUGGUGGCCCUAUGAUUAUUUUGUUGACAACACUAAAUAAAGUAGUGCAAAAAAUACCAUGAUUAAAGGCAGAUUACUUUUUCUGUUGCUGAAAAAAUAUCCCAUUAAAAUGACAGGAAAAGAUAUUUACUGUUUAAUUUACCUGCCAAUAAAUUUUGACCAUAAUACUUUGCAAAUCUACAUGCUCUAUACAUGUUCUACACUAAUAUCCUUUAUACAGUAAUAAUGCUUUAAAAACGACAUUGAUUUGUCACAGUGUAGCAACAGACCAGCCUGAAUAAUUUCAAUGUUUCUGAACUUGUGUAUCACUGACUGUUGAUAGUGUUUGGGUAUGAACUGACCCAUUUAAAAAAUGGCUGAUGUAUUAUUGAUGAUAUAUUGUAAAAGCUGUGCAAACAUCUUCAUAACACAAGGACUUUUUUGUGAAUGCUGUUUUAAACUAU